ACAUUAACUCCACUUUGACACCGGGGAUUUUACAGUGGUUUUGCUGCACUGACAGCGGGCUGGUUGGUUUAUCCUUCCCCUUAGACGAGACAGACCAGCUAUAUUUCUAUACACCGAGACAACCGGCAUAAUGUCGGAUUUUGAGGAAUUUGAGAAACAGCUCAGCGAGAAUCGACAGGAGAGAGAAAGAGAAAGACACAAAAAGAAGAGUCGCAGUGCAUCUCCUGGCCGAGGUGACAAGCACCGCAGCUGGAGCAAAGACCGUGGGAGUCGCAGCCGAGAGAAGAGAAGCCGCAGCAGAGACCGGAAAAGCCGGGACCGCCGGAGCUCCUCGCGGGACCACAAGAAGCACAGCCACUCUCCGAGGCGAACAAGGAAGAAAAGGACCUGCAAAUAUUGGGAUGUGCCUCCUCCUGGUUUUGAACACAUCACACCAAUGCAAUAUAAAGCUAUGCAAGCGGCCGGGCAGAUACCAACGAUAGCUCUGCUGGCGACGUCCACCACCACCGGAGUGGCUGCAGCUCCAACACAAGUGCCCAUAGUUGGCAGUCAGAUGACGAGACAAGCCAGACGCCUCUAUGUUGGAAAUAUUCCCUUUGGUGUAACUGAGGAGUCCAUGGCAGAGUUCUUCAACGCUCAGAUGAGGCUUGCAGGACUUUCACAAGCCCCAAGCAACCCUGUACUCGCUGUGCAGAUUAAUCAGGAUAAAAACUUUGCUUUCCUAGAGUUUCGGUCUGUAGAUGAAACGACGCAGGCAAUGGCCUUCGAUGGAAUCAUUUUUCAGGGUCAAUCACUGAAAAUUAGACGACCUCACGACUAUCGGCCUUUACCUGGCAUCUCAGAGCAGCCGGCUUUCCACGUCCCAGGCGUCGUCUCCACAGUCGUUCCCGAUUCCCCCCACAAACUGUUUAUAGGAGGCCUGCCGAACUACCUUAACGAUGACCAGGUAAAGGAGCUCUUGACAUCGUUUGGGCCUCUCAAAGCGUUCAAUCUUGUGAAGGACAGUGCCACUUCACUGUCAAAAGGUUACGCCUUUUGCGAAUACGUAGACGUCAGUGCCACAGACCAGGCAGUUGCUGGGCUCAAUGGGAUGCAACUGGGCGACAAAAAGCUGAUAGUCCAAAGGGCAAGUGUGGGAGCUAAAAACGCCAAUCCUACCUCCAUCAUAGAGACCCCUGUGACGCUGCAGGUCCCCGGGCUUCAGAGGCUGCAGAACUCUGGCAUACCCACGGAGGUGCUGUGCCUUCUCAACAUGGUGAUGCCCGAGGAGCUGGUGGACGACGACGACUACGAGGAGAUCUUGGAAGACAUCCGCGAGGAGUGCUGCAAGUACGGCAGCGUCCGCUCCAUCGAGAUCCCCCGACCCGUCGACGGUGUUGAAGUCCCUGGCUGUGGAAAGAUCUUUGUGGAGUACGUUUCUGCUGCAGACUGUCAGAAAGCCAUGCAAGCUCUCACCGGCCGCAAGUUUGCCAACAGAGUGGUGGUCACCAAAUACUACGAUCCAGACAUGUAUCACAGACACGAGUUUUGAAAGUACAGACGAGUCCUCCUUUCUGUUUGUGAGCUCGGGUUGAGUUCCGUCCGGUUUCUUUACUCCUCUGAAUGUUGUGAACGCGUCCAAGAAAAGACUUGUUUUAUUACAUCAUCUACUUAACAAACUGGACUGCAGUGUGUGUUUCCUCACUGAAUAUCUAACUCCCAGCUUUAGGCUUUAACAACCACACCGUGAACUGAUCUCAUUCUGAAUUUCAAAAAUAUUGUAGUAUCCAUUACAUUGGUAGAAGAAUGAACGUGACAUGUAUCUUACCUAAACUAAUACUGCCUGACAAUGCCAGAGUAGCUGUCUUAUCGAGUAUGCACUAUAUGAGAAAAAAACUGUCAAAUGUUUAGAUUUCCCUCCUGAGCACAAACAUUAAUUUCUCUGUUUUAGAUUUGAGAAGACGCUAUAAAUGAUGGGCUAUGAGACAAAAAAGUUUUUAUUUAUUUUUCCAAAGUAAUAUUUUCAUCUAUACGUCACAUAUUAAUGUUCAUUAAACAUGUAUGUCGCUAUUACCUCCACUGCUUACUUUUUUUUGUCAGAACGGCCUCAAAUAUCAUUUUGCAAAAAUGAAAUAUUAGCAUCUAAAAGAUAAAAAAAAAAUGAUAUUAAAUCGGCCAUGUACUGUAGAAGCUACAUGACUUGUGACAAUACGAUCAUUUUCUUAAUUGUAAAUGUUUAAUCAAAAAGCUUCUCUCCCGGAACAGCGAUUGUACUGGAUUGUGUAUUUGAUUUCAAGGAACUUAAGGAUGUUUACACUCGAGUAGUCUUGCAUUACCUAGUCUAUAUCCUUCGUGUUCCACUUCCGGGAUUGCUCCGGUGCUGCAGGAAAUUCCACCGG